CUCAACAUCCAAAUUAUUCCUGUGAGGGGGCUGCUUUCUUUCAGGAAACAAGAAGAGGAUUUGUCAGAAGAGGAAAUACUUCCACAGUUCAAGGUAAAAAUGGACCAAAGCAAACACUCUCAUGGGAAAAUUAAUCUCUUGACCCUCGGGAACAGUCCUGGCCUCACUCAGUCCAAACCUCAGGAGAGGGAGCAGUGGGACAGUAAGAUUGAGUUCAUUCUGGCUGUGGCUGGACACAUUGUUGGACUUGGAAACGUCUGGAGAUUUCCAUACCUGUGCUACAAAAAUGGAGGGGGGGUUUUCUUCAUACCUUAUGUUUUGUUUUUGUUCACCUGUGGCAUCCCACUGUUCUUCUUGGAGACUUCUUUGGGCCAGUACACCAGCCAGGGCGGAAUAACGUGCUGGAGAAAAAUCAGUCCUCUCUUUGAAGGCUUAGGUUAUGGAAGCCAAGUGGUUGUUUUAUACACUGGAGUGUAUUAUAUAAUCAUACUGGCUUGGACGUUUCUCUACCUGUUUUCCUCCUUCAGCUCAGAACUCCCAUGGGCCAGCUGUGGCAACAGCUGGAACACAGACGGAUGUUUCGAGCAUGGUCACAAUCAAACAUCGCCCCUGAACCUAUAUGGAAACAGCACAUCUUCAGUUGUAGAAUUCUGGGAGAGAAGAGUCCUGGGUCUGUCCGAUGGAAUUGAAAACAUUGGCAAUAUUCGUUGGGACCUGGCCCUCUGUCUGCUGCUUGCCUGGACACUGUGUUACUUUUGUGUCUGGAAUGGAGUGAAGUCCACAGGAAAGAUCGUCUACUUCACUGCCACAUUUCCGUACUUAAUGCUGGUGGUGCUGCUUGUCCGUGGUCUGACGUUACCCGGAGCCAAAGAUGGAAUCAUGUUCUACCUCUACCCAGACCCGUCCCGCCUCACUGAUCCGGAGGUGUGGAUGGAUGCUGGCAGCCAAAUCUUUUACUCCUAUGGAGUUUGCACAGGUGUUUUGACAUCUUUAGGAAGCUACAACAAGUACACCAACAACUGCUACAGAGACUGUGUGUACCUGUGCCUGUUAAACAGCUUAACCAGCUUUAUAGCUGGGUUUGCCAUCUUCUCUGUACUUGGUUUCAUGGCAAAAGAGCAAGGUGUGGAUAUAUCUAUGGUGGCUGAAUCAGGUCCUGGGUUGGCAUUCAUUGCGUAUCCCCGUGCUGUGUCGCUGAUGCCACUUCCUCAGCUCUGGGCUAUUUCCUUCUUUGUUAUGAUCAUCUUUUUAGGAUUAGAUAGUGAGUUUGUGUAUCAAGAAGCAUUGGUCACAACCAUCUCCGACAUGUAUCCUGCCUUCUUCCAAAACCAGUGUCAUCGUAAACUCCUUCUUCUUGCAAUUUCUGUGGGGAGUUUCUUGGUUGGCCUUCUGAUGGUCACACAGGGAGGCCUUUAUAUUUUCCAGUUGUUUGACUACUACGCCUGCAGUGGCAUGACACUUCUGCUUUUUGCUAUUCUGCAGUCGGUCUGUGUAGGAUGGGUCUAUGGUGCUGAUCGUCAUUAUGAUAACAUAAAGGACAUGAUUGGAUAUCGGCCAUGGCCUUUUAUGAAAUACUGCUGGAAGUACUUCACACCAGCUAUCUGUACAGCCACAUUUAUCUUCUCCUUGGUCAAAUAUACUCCACUCAAAUUCAACAACACUUAUGAAUACCCCUGGUGGGGCUACACCAUUGGAGGGUUCUUUACCCUCUCUUCCACACUCAUGGUUCCUCUGUGGAUGCUGUAUGCUUUGGGCGUCACUCCAGGAACACUGAAACAGAGACUGAAAGUUCUGUGCACUCCAGCGAAGGAUUUACCCACUGCAGCUUUAAAGAAUACAUCAAAUAAAGAGGCUUUUCAGACUUUCACAGACCUGUACACACUGCGGUCGACAGACAGCCCUGAUUCCAGAGGUGACAGAGCUCAUAUAUCCCUUAUUUAAAUGGUAAAAAGCAGAGCUCAUAGAUCUGUCAUUCUAAUAGUGAAAAAAAAUAACAGAGAUGAAGUCAUCACUUGCAAGUCAAGACUGCCGAUUAAAAAAAACAUAUGGGAAAUACUUACUCAUCCCACAUAUUAGUGUUUUAGCAUCUGUUAGUGCAGCCAUCUGAUCUUUCAUGCUCUGAAUGUAAAUAUAGUGUGCAUCUAAUUCCUGUUUUGUUUCCUCAACCUGCUGGCAUAUUCCAAUUAAUGUACAGAAUAUUUAAGAAAUCAUGCUGUAGUGAGUAUAUUCAAAGAGUGCUGAUGAAAAAUUUGGAAUGAUGAUUUUUGUUACCGGGAGUCCUGCAUAUUGGAUCUUGGGAAUAAAGCUAUAAAAUAGCUUUGUUUGUGUUCUUGGAAAGAAGUGUAUUACUUUAAGAGAAACGGUGGACAUACAGCAUCUGUGUUUAUAUUGUAAUUGCAGGUGUGUAAAACAAUAAAAGGAUAAAUGACGAUUACAAAUAUUACGUGCACUAAUAUAGUUUUAAAUGUUCAAAACAAAGGGAGGGAUAUUAGUCCAGGCGGUUCAAAACCUCGGAUUAGGCUCCAUCAUAGUGUCACAAAAUAAAAAAUGAGGAGCUGCAA